AUGGAGGCAGCGCUUCCCCUCGCCGCGCGCAACAAAUGGCCCGAGGUCAUCGGCACUAUCUUAGAAUGCAAACCGAUCGUUGACGGUCGGGACGAGAACGGCCGAACAGCUGUUUCGUACUGCGCGGAGCUCGGCUGGAUCGACUAUUUGGAGAAGCUGAUUGAGAUGAAAGCCUUCAUCGACCAGGCCGAUAACGAUCUGAGAUCGCCGCUUCAUUGGGCAGCUGGAUCGGGCCAACAGGAUAUCGUCCAGUACCUCCUUCAGUCUGGCCACGUCGACCUGAUGCGACAAGACUUGCUCGGCCAAACGCCAUUAUCGCAUGCGGCCAAAGCUGGACACGUACCUGCGAUGGCCCUCUUGCUGCGCAGAGGUGCCAACAGCGAGUCUAGGGACAAAGACGGCCGUACGGCACUCUCUUUGGCUGCGGGCGCAGGGCAUCAUCAGGCCGUGGUAGAGUUGGCAAACAAAAAAGCCAACAUUCUGUCUGAAGACGAUGCUGGCCGCCAGCCAAUACACUGGGCUUGCAAGAGCGGCAACGUUGAUACAAUAGCCUUCCUCAUCGAACAGGGGGUUGACGUAGCGGCUAGGGACAAGUCCAGGUCAACGCCGCUGUCCUGGGCUGCGAGUGCCGGAAACCUAGGGGCGGUAGAGUUGUUGCUUGGGCAGGGGGCGGCGAUAGACACGAAGGAUGGCGAAGACCGGACACCAAUCUCUCUUGCCGCAGGCAAUGGCCACCUCGACGUUGUCGGGUAUCUUCUCUCGAGGGGCGCCGAUAUCACGAUAUAUGAUCGUGGAGGCGGCGGCGUGCCGCUGUCGUGGGCUGCAAGAAACGGCCACGCCCGCGUGGUCGAGCUCCUGAUCGAACAUGGGGGCAAGGUCAACCGCACCGAGUGGGCAGGGAUGGGAUCACCACUGACGCAGGCCGCCCUCGCCGGUCAUGAGGAAGUCAUCGAUGUCCUUCUCCACGCCGGCGCCGAGCCCGACCAGACCGUGAGCGAAGACAGCACGGCGCUGACCCUGGCCGCGCGAGCCGGACACCUGGCCGUCGUGCGGAAGCUUGUCGAACGAGGCCAUGCGGCAGUAAAUCACUUGAACGAGCAGGGCCACUCGCCAUUGAUCGAGGCAGUCACGGCCGGACACGAGUCCGUAGUGGAAUACCUGAUCGAGCACGGCGCUAAAUGCGACCACCACGAUGAAAUGGGCCGCGCGCCGCUGUAUUUCGCAGCGGCGCGUGGGCGCACAGCCGUUGCCCUGCGGCUGCUCAAGGAAGGCGUCGAUGUAAAUCGGGUCAAUUUUAGCCACGAAACGGCCCUCUCUGUCGCCGUCGAGAGGGGGCAUACCGAGGUGGCGGAACUGCUUAGAUCAUGGGCGAAUAAGCCAUAA